AUGCCUUCCUCUCAACCCACUGCUGGUCACCUGGCUGUCAAGCCAGAGUACCUCUCCUCCCAGCCCUCUCCAAUGGCCAAAUCGUCCGAGCCAAACCGAAACUCGAAAUAUGACUCCAAGAAAGUCCACAUCACAGAAACCCCUAUGACCAAGUCGAACUGGUAUAAGCAUGUCAACUGGCUCAAUGUCACCUUGAUUGUUGGCAUCCCUAUCUACGGCUGUAUCCAAGCCUUCUGGACUCCGUUACACCUUAAGACCGCCGUCUGGGCCAUUGCAUAUUACUUUGCCACUGGUUUGGGAAUUACCGCCGGAUAUCACAGACUUUGGGCACAUACCUCCUACUCCGCAACUCUUCCUCUGCGAAUCUUCUUGGCCGCAGUUGGUGGUGGUGCAGUUGAAGGCUCAAUUCGAUGGUGGUCACGAGACCACCGAGCUCACCAUCGUUACACCGAUACCGACAAGGAUCCCUACUCUGUUCGAAAGGGUCUGCUCUACUCGCACAUUGGCUGGAUGGUCAUGAAGCAAAAUCCAAAGAGAAUUGGCCGAACCGAUAUCUCCGACCUCAACGAAGAUCCCGUUGUGAUCUGGCAACACAAGCAUUAUCUCAAGGUCGUUCUUUUCAUGGGACUCAUCAUGCCCACUCUUGUUGCUGGCCUUGGGUGGGGUGACUGGAUGGGUGGUUUCAUCUAUGCGGGCAUCCUCCGAAUCUUCUUCGUCCAACAAGCCACUUUCUGUGUCAAUUCUCUGGCCCAUUGGCUCGGUGAUCAGCCAUUUGAUGACCGCAAUUCACCUCGUGACCAUGUGAUCACCGCUUUUGUCACUCUUGGAGAGGGAUAUCACAACUUCCACCACGAAUUUCCCUCAGACUACCGAAAUGCCAUCGAGUGGCACCAAUAUGACCCUACCAAAUGGUCAAUCUGGACCUGGAAACAACUCGGUUUAGCUUAUGAUCUGAAGCAAUUUCGCAGCAACGAAAUUGAGAAGGGUCGUCUCCAGCAACUCCAGAAGAAGCUCGAUCAAAAGAGAUCCAGAUUGGAUUGGGGCGUUCCUCUCGAUCAACUUCCUGUCAUGGAAUGGGAUGACUACGUUGAUCAAGCCAAGAACGGACGUGGCCUCGUUGCGGUUGCCGGCAUUGUUCAUGAUGUGACCGACUUCAUCAAGGAUCAUCCAGGCGGCAAGGCCAUGAUCAACUCCGCGCUGGGCAAGGACGCGACUGCCAUGUUCAAUGGCGGUGUCUACAUGCACAGCAACGCCGCCCACAAUCUCUUGUCGACCAUGAGAGUGGGUGUCAUCCGUGGUGGAUGCGAAGUGGAGAUCUGGAAGCGAUCACAAGCGGAGGCCAAAGGUGAGGUUCCCAGGGACAGUUCUGGAGAGCGCAUCGUGCGAGCUGGCUAUCAGCCUACCAAGGUUCUCCAGAACGUGGCCACUGCUGGUGCUGCGUAA